UCUUCCAUAACCAUUACUCUCUCCUGUUCUCCUAUAAUGACACUGAUGGGCUCUAGAACUACUCGUCGAUGGAAUUACCAUGUUUUCUUGAGUUUUAGAGGAGAGGACACUCGCAGAAACUUUACCGACCACUUGUACGCUGCGUUGCAGCGAAAAGGGAUCGUCACUUUCAGGGACGACAAAAAACUCGAGAGGGGACAAGUUAUUUCCAACGAACUCAUGAAAGCUAUUGAGGAAUCUCUGUUUGCAAUUGUCAUUCUCUCCCAGGAUUAUGCUUCCUCCUCUUGGUGUUUGGAUGAACUGCAAAAAAUUGUUGAAUCCAACCAAAACUUGACAGUUUUCCCAGUUUUUUUUGAAGUAGAUCCGUCUGAUGUACGCCAACAAAAAGGAAUUAUUGGGAAAGCUUUUGAGAAACAUGAAGGAAAAUUUCCAGAUUGUAGGGUGACAGGAUGGAGAAGAGCUUUAACACAAGUUGCGAACUUCGCUGGUUGGGAUACUAGAAACAAGCGUGAAGCAGAAAUCGUAGAAAAUAUUGCUAAAACAAUAUGGACCAAAGUGCGUGUUAAAUUGCCAUCUAAUUUCGCUCAUUUAGUUGGACUUCAACCAAAGGUGGAUACAUUGAUCCCUCUUUUGAAGAUAGAGUUGAAUCAUACAUGUUUUAUAGGAAUAUGGGGUAUGGGCGGAAUAGGCAAGACAACUCUUGCUAGAGUUGUUUAUGAGGCAAUUCGCAACAAAUUUGAAACUAGUUGCUUUCUUGCCAAUGUAAGGGAGGAAUCAGAGCGUAACGGUUUGGUUUACUUGCAAAAGAAGCUUCUUUCUAGUCUUCUACUAGGAAACAUUGAAAUCAAUGACUCCUAUGACGGAGUUGAGGCAAUAAGAAACUUCUCAUGCAAUAAAAAAGUUCUUAUUGUUCUCGAUGACGUAAGUCAUAUAAGCCAACUACAGAGUUUAGUUGGAGAUAAAGAUUGGUUUGGACAUGGAAGCAAAAUUUUAGUAACUACAAGAGACAUACACUUGUUGACAGCACAUGAUCAGUUUGAGAAGUAUGAAAUGAUGAUGCUUGGAAGAGAUGAAUCUCUCAAUCUCUUGUGUAGGCAUGCAUUUAAAAGGAAUUAUCCUCAACAGGGUUAUUUUGAAUUGUCCAAAAAGGUGGUUGAUUAUGCAGGUGGUCUUCCUUUAGCUCUCCAAGUGUUGGGCUCAUUUCUUUGUAAAAGAAGUAUACCUGAAUGGAGAGACACAUUGAAUAAGUUAAAGCAAAAUUUACAUAAAGAUAUUUUCAAGAUACUUAGAAUAAGUUAUGAUGGGCUAGAUGAUGAAGAGUUCAAAGCAAUAUUCUUAGACAUUGCAUGCUUUUUUAAUAGGGAGGAAAAAGUUGAAGUGACUAAAUAUUGGAAAAUUGUGGUCUUCAUCCAAUAAUUGGAAUCCAAGUUCUAAUUGAAAAGUCUUUGUUGAGUACUUACAUUUCAUGGGAUGGCCAAGAAUAUGUUCAUAUGCAUGAUUUGCUUCAAUACAUGGGGAAAAACAUUGUUUUGCAAGAAUCUCCAAGUGAUGCUGGCGGACGCAGUAGGUUGUGGUCUUGGGUUCAGAUUGAUCAAGUGCUUAGAAUAAAUGCAGGAAGCAAAAAUGUUCAAAGCAUAGUUUUGAAUCUAAAGCAACCAUAUGAAACAAAAUGGCACCCGGAUUGCUUCUCAAAGAUGGCUAAUCUUACAUUACUCUACUUGAGUAAUGUGCAUCUUUUGCAUGGUCUCAAUUUUCUUCCUACUGCAUUGAAAGUUCUCAAAUGGGAGAAAUAUCCUUUGGAAGCUUUACCACGCAAUAUUGACCAGCUAUAUCAGCUUGUGGAGCUUACCUUACGUCGUAGCAGAAUCAGAAAAGUCUGGAAUGGAAGACCGGAUUUAGGAAUGUUGAGAUUCAUGGACUUGAGUUUCUCCCAGGAGCUAAUUGAGACUCCAGAUUUCAAGGGAGUUCCAAACCUUGAAAGAUUGUUGCUUGAGCAUUGCAUAAAUCUAGUUAAGGUUAAUGAGUCUCUUGGGAAACUCAAGAAGCUAGUUAAGAUGAGUUUGAGAGGCUGCAAAAAUCUCAGGACCCUUCCAUGGAAAUUGGAACUGAAUUCUCUGCAGGAAUUUUCUCUUUGCGAAUGCUCAAAACUUGAAAAUCUUCCUGAAUUCGGAGAAAACAUGAAAUGUCUAUCCAUCUUGAAUCUGAGUGGAACUAGUAUAAGAGAAGUACCCUCUUCCAUUGUUCAUUUGACAAAUCUUAAGGAGCUAGAUCUCCAUGGAUGCAACAGGCAAGCUUGGCAUUCAUGGAGCUUCUUUGGCUACUUUGGUCAUUUAAUAGGUCAGUUUAUCGGGAAUCCAGUAGGAUCCAAGGGAUUAAAGUUGCCCAAUUCUUUCACUUUCUUCGUUAAGAAAAUUGCAUUUAAGUUUUUGCAAUCUGUGCGAUGGAGCAAUCCCUAAUGAUUUAAGUGGCUUAUCAUCAUUGAUUGAUUUUAGUCUGAGGGGAAACAAUUUUACUUCCCUACCUGUUGGCUGCGUCUCCAAUCUUCUCUCCCUUGAACAAUUUGACUUGAGUAAUUGUGUUGAGCUUCAUUCAAUUCCUCAGCUUCCGCCUAAUUUAAUCAGACUAUAUGCAGGCUGCUGUCCUUCUAUUGAACCGUUAUUGGACAUGCAACAUCUCUUCGAAUCAUUACUUGUCUAUAAGCCAUGUAGUGUUCUCCAACGUGAAGUCAUUUUCCUGCAUAUUUCAGGAGAUAAGAUCCCGACUGUAGCUUUCAAAGAGCAAAAAUUUCACAUUGACCCCUUUGGAGGCAGCGUAUCUAUGAUAAUAGGGGGCGUCCCUAAUUUUCGCUAUGACAGUGAAUUGUGGGGAAUUGCUGUAUGCAUGGUGGUAAAAAGCAGGGGGGAGGCUUUAUAUUACUUCUCAAGAUCCCAUUUUUAUUGGAGAUUCAGAGUUCUUGGUGGACUUGAAAGCUUUGAAGAACAUGUAUUUUAUGUUGGAAACGCAUAUUCAAUCCCUCAUCUCUACAUAGCCUUUUUUCCUUUGAUCAAUGCUCACAGGUUUUGCCGACAUCAAAGAGGUAAAUCCCACCAAGUCGUAUUGGAAAUUAGGGUUCAAGGAGAGUUUAGGAUCAAGGAUUGUGGUUGGCGUCUUAUGUGCAAGAAAGAUUUUGAUGCGUUCACUACAAGAACUUGAGAUAUGGGGCAAGAGAUGUUAUCCGUUGGAAAGUGCUAUGGAAACUAAUUUUAAAUCAGUUUCUAAAUGUUUUUUUAGUGUUAAUUUUGGUUAAAAGUAGUCAAUAUCUCGAGCUUUGUUUUAUAUGGUGUUUGAAGGAUGUCAUUUCAUUCCAAUGGAAGCCUGAAAGGCGGUGGUCCUCCCAUUUAGAGAGAGCAUUUAUGCCAUUAAAUUUUGGGAAAAUGACACUAAGGUCCCACACAAGGAAAUAUACUACAAAACAGUCCCUUGAAAUAUGAUAAUGAAUCACAAGUCCCAUAGGGACUUAACUGCAAUAAUAAGAAUGUUAAAAAGGCAUUAUUACCCAGCAGUGUAGGAGGAAAGGACGCUCAUUUUCUGCACGAUUUGAAGUUGCUGCUAAUGGGAGAGAAGAGCUGGAGAAAGAAGGAAAUAGCUAUUGAUAAAGCAUCUUUCUCAUCACUAUUAGUGAACUCCAAAGAGUUUCCAUUUCACUCUCUCCAAACUUUCAGGUUUACAUUAAUGACGGCCAAUAUGUCUGGGAAGCAUCACUUCGUCAAACCAUGCAAGAAUCCAAAUACCAACUGAGAAUGUAUUGAAAUCAAUUAUUUUUUGCAUAUAGAUGUGAAAGGAAUAUUUUGUAAAUGAGUGUGAAGGGAUUUUUUUGUAAAUGGAUACACACCAACAAUUAGUUUGGUAAUUACAUGCAACCCUAUGUUUUUUUUAAUAGGUUGUGAAAUAUAUGUAAUUCCAUGUAUAUAAAGAUGUAAAUAAAAGUUGGCUAUAAAUUGAUAUGUUAGAUUCUACUAUCA